GGCUCAGACACCUGCCGCCCCUCGCCCUGGGCGCCUGCUGCGGGUGAUGAAGCGCUAGGCCAAGCGGCCUCCAUCUGAGAUCGAGUCCGUGUGCAGUGGGGACCAUGCCGUCGGGCCGCCUCUGGGGAGUCCUGGGGCUCUGCCUCCUGUCAGUUGGUGCUUUGGGGGAUGAAGACGAACAGCCACCGAUCCCAAAACCAUUUGCAGUCUCCAUCUCCGGAACCAGGGUGGAGCUGACGUGCCCUGUGGCUCCUAGUACUGAUCCAAUAGAGUGGGAACUAAAUGGUGUAAAAGUACCCGAUGAACAGGAGGACCACCUAUUACUAGAGAAGUUUUCAGAAACGAAACACAAUGGCUACUAUACCUGCUACAAAAGGGACUCGAAGGAGAAGCGUACCAAUUAUCUCUACUUGAAAGCACGAGUGUGCGAGAACUGCGUGGAGGUGGAUCUGGUGGCCGUGGCCGGGGUCAUCGUGGUGGACGUCUGCAUCACGCUCGGCUUGCUGCUGCUGGUGUACUACUGGAGCAAGAACAGGAAGGCCAAGGCCAAGCCUGUGACCAGAGGGGUCGGAGCUGGCGGCAGGCCUGGCGGACAAAGCAAGGAGAGGCCACCGCCUGUCCCCAAUCCGGACUAUGAGCCCAUCAGAAAAGGCCAGCGGGACCUGUAUUCCGGACUGAAUCAGAGAGGCAUCUGACAGCGCUCAGGACACUGCCUCCCACUGGCCAGGCCUGGCUCCUCCUCUCCAGGCACCUGCUACUCCCUGGACCCCACAGGACUACUCCUCCGCCCCGCGCCUGCAGCCUUGCCCCUCCUCCUUCCUGCCUCUUCUGCGGGAGCCCAGUCCUCGGACACUGCUGCCUCGU